UCCCAUUUUAAACCGCCUUUCCUCGCUAGAUGGUGUGCAAGCCACUGGAGAGUACACUUCCCCUGCACAGUGGGCUCACAGCAUCGAGCGAACCCGGGACAACUCAACGCUCGUCCAUAACUGGCUGCGUGGAGCGUGGAAAUAAAACGGCUUUCUCCUUAUUUUCGCCCCGAUUUUUGGCAGACUUGGGCAAGAGCGGCGACCACGUCCAGUUGUGACGGACAUAAUGAUUGCGCUGUCGGAUGCUUGUGUUUCUGCUCAGUGGCUAAGUGCGAUCCUUCUCAGCCUGGGCUGCCUCCUGCCGUCGUGCUUGCCCGCGGGACAAACUGUGGACUAUUCCUCCGUGGAAAGUGUGGUCAGCAGGCAAGGCGACACGGCUCUACUCAGGUGCUACCUGUCGGAUGGAAUCUCAAAAGGAGCCUGGCUAAACCGCUCAAGCAUCAUUUUUGCAGGGAAUGACCAGUGGUCCGCAGACCCUCGUGUGUCGAUUGUGUCCAGCGUUGGAGACAAGCAUGAGUACAGCCUUCAGAUACAGAAAGUGGAUGUAACGGACGAUGGUCAGUACACAUGCUCAAUUCAAAGCGAGCGCAACGAAAAGCCUAAACUUCUCAAUCUCAUUGUAAAAGUUCCUCCCAAGAUAUAUGACAUUUCCUCCGACAUCACGGUAAAUGAGGGCAGCAAUGUGUCGCUCAUCUGUACGGCCAGUGGGAAACCUGAGCCAGCCAUUUCCUGGAGACACAUAACCCCAUUAGCCAGGAAGUAUGACAGCGGUGAAUAUCUUAACAUCACUGGCAUCACAAGGGACCAAGCUGGAGACUAUGAAUGCAGCGCUUUAAAUGACAUCGCCUCUCCUGACACCAAAACAGUAAAAGUCACAGUCAACUUUGCCCCAUCCAUCCAUGAGAUGAAAAGCCAUGGUGUUGGUUUGGGACGCACUGCUCUGCUAAGGUGCGAGGCAGCUGCUGUGCCUUCACCAACAUUUGAGUGGUACAAAGGGGAGAAAAGGAUUAUCAAGGGCCAGGGCAUCGAGAUCAAGAGCCUCAGUUCCAGAUCAGUCCUAACAGUGACCAACAUGACCGAGGAUCGUUAUGGAAACUACACGUGUCUUGCUACCAAUAAACUUGGGACCGCGAACGCCAGUGUGCCUCUCAUCCCAAUUAUUGAACCCACCACCACUAGUGCUGUCUCAAGGCCAGCCCCUAACACUGCGCCCUACGGGAGCACAGGUAGUGCGCACGUCCCGAUGGCCUGCCGGUACCUGGUUCUGGCUCUGACCACCUUGAUGGCGGCGUACUAGCGGCGGAGCGGCAAGCAAAGUGACUGUCGAGAGCAUUUACGAGUCUUUGGUGGCAUCGCCCACGACUGGAUUCCAAUCGGAAAGCAAGGCAAAGAGUGCAACAUAAUCAUUAUUUUUCAGUUUUAGUCAUGGUGAACAUCAUGUAAAUACAAUUUGUUGUUUUCUUUCUUUGCAUUUUUACUUUUCGAUUGUUCAGCCCCUGGCGUCCAAUCAUAUCAAACGCUCAGCUUCACUCACUUGACAUCUAUCUCAUGACUAUAACGAAACAACUGUGCCAAUUCUCUCAGUGCAAAUGAUUAACAUAAUGUUUAUUUUAAUUUAUUGUGGGUUGCUGAAAGGAAGAAAAAGCUCACUUGACGACAAAGAAAAAAAUCAAAAGCGGUAGUCGCCUCAUUUGAUUUUCUUUUAGUCUGUGUGCCUGCUGAACAUCUUUAAUCACGUAGUCAAAGUAGAAGUCACCUGUAACAUAUCUUAAUCUUAACAAACACAUUUUUUUUAACUAUACUAAUCAAAUGACAUGUACAUACAGAUGAUGCCCUUACUUCCCCUCGCAGAUAUGAAUACUCAUCACAUUUGAUAAAGCGCUGAGGAAAAAGCCAAGCUCACGUGCUUUGCUUGCAUCUUGGAGGUUUAGUAGUUUGUUGUUUGCAUUUUGGGAGUGUUUAACUCCUCUUUCUUUUACAAAAGAAACAUUUCAAAAGAUGGGUACCUUACAGUGUUGUUGCAUUUUAAAUCGUUACCCUAUCUGCUGCUUUCAAGACUGACGGGAAAUUGGAAUGACAUCAUUUAGAAUAAAUGAAUUAUGACCCCAAAACCUUUCAGCAAAAACAAAAAAACAUGAUACUGUGUGUGUGAAUGGGUUCUUUGAUAGAAACAGCCUUUUUUGGGCAGGCCUAAUCAUAUAUAUAGUGUACAGAUUAUAAAAAAAAAACAUACAAUUUAACUUGCAUCAGCGGUUGUAUGAAGAGGCAGUUUCUAAUAUUGCCAAUGAAUACAGGCGAAUCUAAUUUAUAUCGUGUGUUAGCACCGCCAUAGCUGUGUGAGACGUCCAACUACUGCAUCGUGUGCAGUAAGAAAACACGACUUUGUCGUGAUUUGACAAGUUGGUACUACAAUUUUGAUUACCAAUUUUCCCUGUUCUCUUUAAUUAGUAAGCAACUAACUGUUUUCCACACAUUUUUCAUCAAUAAGAUUAAACCUGACAGGAAAUGUUCCCUUACUACAAGUGACUUCUAGAAAAAUAUUUAUCAUUAAAAUUUCCUCACUUUUCAACCUAAGUAUUUGCCAUACUAACAGCUAAAAACUGCAUAGCUUGAAUCGUCCAUAACAUAGCGAACGUCCAUCAAGCUAUUUCAAGCGUUCCAUUUUUUUUUUUUUUUUUUUAUAUAAACUGCGCCUGGUGACUUCUGACUUUCAGUAUAUGGCAUAAUCAUCCUCCAGUAUCUAUCAAUUUGUCUACAAUGUAAGAAGAUACUGUAAUGCCUUAAUAGUAACAUACUCACUGAAGGACAUUUAGACAAGCCACUAGUUGUUUGUUUGACGUACUGUAUUAUUGAAUGUUCCAUCCCAACAAAUAGUCCAAAUCAGUCAAUUGGGAGCAAAGUGAAAAGAACACUUAUUGAGUUGUCGUUGUGUCAAACUCCCAGUAUUCUCACAUGAACUUGAAACUGCAAGUCUUCUAGCGAAAUAGCCAUGGCAGUUAAAAGACUUUAAAGCACAAACACUGUAAUUGCUUCUACGUUUGGUUUUGUGGUGAUUUAUUUUUAUUGUUGGCUUGUUUAACAAAUUCUUUAAAAAAAAG